AUGAGUGAAUUCAAGAAUAGUGGCAGUCGAUCUGCGUGCAACAGCAAAGGGAGCAUGAUUGUUGUUUCGAACCGCUUACCGUUUGUUUUGAAAAGAAAUGAGAAAACCGGCGAAUUAGAGCGCAAAGCCAGCGCCGGUGGCCUCGUGACCGCAGUAGCACCAGUGGUGAUACGAGGGAGUGGUAUUUGGGUGGGAUGGCCUGGGAUUCACCUCGAUAACCCCAACGAGGAGAUACCCGAAUCGGACCCUAACGACAAGGCGCCCACCGCUGGUUUGCGCUCUAAUAAGAUAGUGGCUAUUCAUGCCGAAUCGAAACUCUUCGAUAGCUACUACAACGGCUGCUGCAAUGGAACAUUCUGGCCCCUCUUCCACUCCAUGCCAGACCGCGCCACGUUCAUCGCGGACCAUUGGCGGGCAUAUAUCAAGAUUAACGAGGAGUUUGCAGAAAAGACCGUGCACGCGUUGAAACUCUUGAAGCAGACGGACCAGAAGAAUGGCUCCCCACCUAUCGUCUGGGUGCACGACUACCAUCUUAUGUUGGCCGCCAACUGGAUAAGACAGCGCGCUGAAGAGGACGAGAUAAAAUGUAAAUUGGCAUUCUUCCUCCAUAUUCCGUUCCCGCCGUGGGACAUCUUCAGGCUCUUCCCUUGGUCUGAUGAAGUGCUGCAGGGGAUCCUUGGUUGCGACAUGGUCGGCUUUCACAUAGCGGACUAUUGUCUCAACUUCAUUGAUUGCUGCCAAAGAAAUCUCGGCUGUCGUGUUGACCGCAAGAAUUUAUUGGUCGAAUUGGGGGGUAGAACCAUUUGUGUUCGCCCCCUACCCAUUGGAGUGCCGUUCGAUAGAUUCGUCACAUUAGCGCAGAACGCAAAAGCCGUCCUGUCGACGAGCCAAAAAGUCAUCCUGGGCGUAGACAGACUGGACUACACGAAAGGCUUAGUCCACAGACUCAAAGCCUUCGAAAGGCUCUUAGAGCAACACCCGGAACAUAUUGAAAAGGUUAUAUUACUACAGAUUUCGGUGCCAUCAAGAACGGACGUAAAAGAGUACCAGGAUUUGAAAGAAGAGAUGGACCAAUUAGUGGGCAGGAUAAAUGGCAGGUUCACAACGCCCAAUUGGUCGCCAAUAAGGUAUAUCUACGGAUGCGUCGGUCAAGAUGAGCUGGCCGCAUUUUACCGCGACGCAGCUGUUGCACUGGUCACCCCAUUGCGGGACGGGAUGAAUCUGGUCGCGAAGGAGUUCGUCGCUUGUCAAAUAAACACACCGCCCGGCGUCUUGAUCGUCUCUCCGUUCGCCGGAGCGGGAGAGAUGAUGCACGAGGCUCUCAUCUGUAAUCCGUACGAAUUAGAUGACGCCGCUGAAGUAAUACAUCGAGCGUUGAUAAUGCCAGAAGAUGAGCGCACGGUCCGUAUGAACCACUUGCGCAGAAGAGAACAGCUGAACGACGUGGACAGCUGGAUGAAGAACUUCCUCAAAGCGAUGGACUCGUUAGAGGAGGAGGCUGAUGAUAUAGGCGCCACUUCCAUGCAGCCUGUUACUAUUGAUGACUUUGACGAAUACUUGUCGAAGUACAUUGGCUACACCCAGAAAUUAGCUUUAUUGUUGGACUACGAUGGAACUCUGGCUCCUAUUGCACCACAUCCAGACUUGGCUACCUUGCCUCUGGAGACCAAGCAUACGCUUCAGAGACUAUCAAACAUGUCCGAUGUUUAUAUCGCCAUUGUAUCCGGCAGAAAUGUCAAUAACGUUAAAGAAAUGGUGGGCAUCGAAGGCAUAACAUAUGCUGGUAAUCAUGGUCUGGAGAUAUUGCACCCUGAUGGCAGUAAGUUUGUCCACCCCAUGCCGAUGGAACUGCAAGAUAAAGUCGUCGAUCUACUAAAAGCCUUGCAGGAACAGGUGUGUAGAGAUGGCGCAUGGGUAGAAAACAAGGGAGCUUUGUUGACCUUCCAUUUCCGAGAGACACCAGUGGCUAAGAGAGCUGCGCUAGCGGACACUGCGCGAAGGUUGAUCACGGAAGCUGGAUUCACACCUGCGCCAGCGCAUUGUGCUAUUGAAGCUAGACCACCUGUGCAGUGGAAUAAAGGUCGUGCUUCAAUUUACAUCCUAAGAACAGCUUUUGGACUGGACUGGAGUGAACGAAUCAGAAUUAUUUAUGCCGGUGAUGACGUUACCGAUGAAGAUGCUAUGUUGGCCCUGAAAGGUAUGGCAGCCACGUUCCGUAUAGCGUCUUCGAACAUCACAAAAACCUCGGCGGAGCGCCGUUUGUCUUCCACGGAUUCCGUGCUCGCUAUGCUGAAGUGGGUCGAGCGACACUUUUCCCGGCGCAAGCCCAGAGCCAACUCGCUGACGUACAAAAGUGCAAGGAUGGCCAGGGACACGCUCCAGAUGCACGUCUCUUAUCAACUCCCCACUCGAUCUCCCAAAAACACCCCCCCUCGCACGCCAGAUAAAUUUUCUGAUAAAUCUAAUUCGAGCGGAUCCGAGUCUAGUUAA